UGGUUAGACUCCUGUCCCUUUUCCCUGCUAAAAUGACGCAAGGCAGAGAUCUGAACACCUGUCAAAUCAUUAUCUAUACUUGCCUUAUCUAACUUUUUGCCAAGAAAGGUGCGGUGGCAGACGGCUUAAAGUCAGAAGUCUUCAUCGCUCCUAUUGGCGACCAGCCCCUGCUCCACGUCUCUCGUCAAACCCUCACACACUGGCUUGAGUAAUCCUAUUUGAGGUUUUACAGCCAUGUGCUAAGAAUAGUGUUAAAUUAGCGGACUUGAAAGGAAAGGGCUCACUGUAACUCUCAGGUUAUAACAUGGCGACGCGCUGAGGACGGGUGGCGGUGUUUGUGUACAGAAGAAAGCGCGUUGUGGAGACGGUGCUUGGUGACAGAGCGUCUGAUCGGGCGGACAACGUUGAAGCCAGGACCAAUACGAAGUUUUAGGGAAAUACCCACUCUCUGCAAAUAGCGGAUGAUAGAAGAGGAUGAGCAGCACCUUUGUGACUCUGGCGGAGGUGCUGGAGGCCAGGGGGGGUCCUCUGGGGGAGGAGGAGAUCUGGAGUCUCCUACUGGGCACCGCCGAGGCCAUGGUGGACCUCAGCUAUAAAGGUCAGACUAACAUCUGUACUAUCAUCACCCCUGGAUCCCUGUUGCUAUCGGCUACGGGGACACUGGCCUUUAAGAGCUGCAGCCAAUCAGAAGAGACUUCUCCGUUCACUGCCCCCGAGAUGCUGCAGGGCCGACCAAUGAGCACCAAGCUGGCAGUGGAGAAGGUUGCUGUUUAUUCGCUGGGAAUGACAUUGUACUGGUGUGUCGAUUAUCGUCUUCCUCAGAACCAGCCGGUGCAGCUGAGUGAUGCUCUGAACAUGUUGCUACUGAGCAUGUGCGAGGAUGUGGCUCACCGCCGCAUGGGCCUGAGCGCCAUCUUGGAGGCGUGCGAGGAACAGCAGAAGGCCAUGCCCCUUCCUCCACCCAACAGGGCCAUCCGUCAGCUGGUGGAGCACCUGCUCAACAACACCGCGGAGAGCUCAGCCAUUUCUAAUCCUGUGGUCCCAUUGAGUGGAAGAAGUCAGAUGGUUCGGGAGAGACUACACGGUAAGCGCAGUGCGUACCUCGGCAACCCAGAGGGAAAUGGAGCAUCAGGGCAGAGGCGAAGACUGUCCUCCGACUCCGAGCUCCACAAAGGUGGAUUGAGUCAGCAGAAGUCAUGGACUCAGAAGAGGCGGAGCUCACCUCCCCCCUCCUUCCAGACGACGCCCAAUCGGCUACUGAGUGGGCUGCAGCAGAGAGGAAGCGGCAGCAGCAGCUGGUUGUCACGGAGCCCGUACCUGAGUGAAGGAGGCCGCCCCCCCAGUCCUCCCAUCAGCCUCAGCGAGUCCAGUGCCAGCCUCGCCCAGCGCAAGGCAAAGACUCUGGGCCCUGAGUUUGCAAGAAUGGGAGAUGAACCUCAGAUCACUCUCGAGCUGCCAGGAUCUAUUGUGUCCAAGAAGGGGAAGUCGUGUGUGUCCCAGAGGGAGGUGUGUGUGUUCCUGCCCAGUGACCAGUGCCUGCUGGUGCGCUGUGACAUAAAGUCUCGUGGCCGAGACGUCUUUGACAUGGUGGUGGCUCACGCCAACCUGGUGGAGCACUUUUACUUUGGCCUGGCCUUCAUCGACGAUGAUGAUUAUUUCUUCCUGGACCCGGAGAUGAAGAUCUCUAAAGUGGCUCCAGACGUCUGGAAAAAGCAACCUGGAGCCGCCUUCACCCUCUACCUGAGGGUCAAGUUCUUCGCUGACGAUGUCUCCUUCAUCCAGCACAGGCUGACACGGCACCAGUACUACCUGCAGCUGCGGAAGGACCUCCUGGAGGACAAACUGCACUGCAACGAGGACACCGCCCUCUACCUCGCCGCUCUUGCCCUACAGGCAGAGUUUGGAGACUACAUGCCCGAGGUGUACGGUAGGACCUACUUUCAGCUGGAGCAGUAUGUGUCUAAGAGGAUUCUGGAUAAGAUGGCGUUGCCAUGCCUACGGGAGGAGCUGCCACGCCUUCACUCCAACAACAGUCACAUGCUGCCCGAGGAGGCGGAGAUGGAGUUCCUGAAGCUGACUCAGCAGCUGUCUGAGUAUGGGGUGCUGUUUCACCGUGUGGGGCGAGAGCAUGACAAGCGGCCAAUAGGGGGUGACAUGAUGCUGGGCAUCAGCUCCAAAGGCAUCUCCGUCUACGAGCUGCGCAACAACACACGCUUCAUGAGCCGCCGAUUUCACUGGAAUGAGACCGACAACAUCUCUGCUGGACGGCGUAAGUUCACCAUUGAGUGCAGCCCAAGUGGGAAGAAACACUCCUUCCAGACGGAGAGCUCUAAGAUCGCCCAGUACCUGCUCAGCCUCUGCUCCGCACAACACAAGUUCGACAGCGAGAUGGCCUCCAGACAGCUCACACACACACUCACCACAGAUGAGAACUUGGAAAAGUACCUGGCUGUGUGUCGCUCGCAGCAUUCCCAGAUGAAGCGACUCUCCUGCUCAGAGAUGGUCCUGAAUAACGUUGGCCUCACUGCCGCGUUGCCUAGCGACAGCUUCAGCAAGUCAUGUGAUGACCUGUCAUCCAAGGCCGAGGCUCGCCAGAAGAAGCAGAGAGAAUUGCAGGACAUUAAUGAGAUGAGAGAACCUUUACAUAGCAGCAGGCCGGACUCUGAGCCCAUCUACCGGAACAUGUCCAUUGUGUCUCUAAAUAGGCCGGACUCUGAGCCCAUCUACCGGAACAUGUCCAUUGUGUCUCUACAUAGGCAGGACUCUGAGGUCCAGUCAGGAUCCUCUUCUCUUCGUGGCACCCCCACACGGUCCCCCCCGGAGAGGGAGAUCAUCUGUGUCAGCCUGAAGAAGGACCCCAAACUUGGCUACGGGUUCGUAAUCGUAGGCGAGGACAGCACUGGGAAGCUGGAUUUAGGCAUCUUCAUUGGGUCCAUAAUUCCUGAUGGACCUGCUGACAAAGACGGCCGAAUUAGAGCUGGUGGGCGUCUGAUCUCUCUGAAUAAGAGCAGUCUGGAGGGCGUGAGUUUCAGUGCAGCUGCUGCCAUCCUGCAGACCUGCCCAGAGGAGGUGGAGCUCAUCGUGUCUCAGCCCAAACAAAGCCUGCAUGACAGUAAGAUGGCGGGAGGCGCGGGUGGCUAUAGUCUGAUGCUGGAGCGCAGCUACGACUCCCAGACCACCCUGAGCUCCGAGUACCGGCCCGCCGUGGAGGAGCUGGAGGAGGCGCUCACCACCAUCCUCACACCCAAAGCUGGCCGACGGCUGCCCGUCCCCGUAGUACGCAUACUGGAAACGCAGGACAACUGGUCCAGGAACUCAUCCAUCACCAGCAUGCGCGCUCCUGAUAUUCUGUUUGUGGAGCUGAGGAAGAACAACGGCAGCCUGGGCAUCAGUGUAGCAGGGGGUGUGAACACCAGUGUGCGCAACGGGGGGAUUUACAUCAAGAGCCUGGUGAUGGAGGGAGCUGCCGACCUGGACGGACGAAUACAGAUAGGUGACCGGUUGCUGGAGGUGGAUGGGACUAACCUGAGAGGAGUUACCCAUCGCCAGGCAGUGGAGUGUUUGAAGGGGACAGGAGAGGUUGUGAGUCUGUUGUUGGAGCGGGAGCAGCCGGUUGUUUUGGAUACGUCGACCCCGUCCACUCUGGAGCGACAGAUGUGUUCGUCGCUGAGCAGCAGCUUCUCCACCUUGCCUGGCAGAGACGUCCCCAUGGACACCACCUUCAGCAGCAGGCCCAAGGACUACAGCUUUGUGUCUGAUGAGAACACUGCGGAUGUGUUGUUGAGGAGGAGUGUAAAUGGCCUUGGUUUCAGCUUCAUAGUGUGGGACAUGUCGGCCCCCCUGGGCUUCGGGGGGGCAUGUGUGGGGGGCAGCGUGGUGCGCAUCAAGCGUCUGUUUCCCGGGCAACCGGCCGAACAGAGCGGGCAGCUGCAGGAAGGGGACGUCAUCCUGGCUGUUAAUGGCCAAUCACUGAAGGGCAUUCCCUACCAGAAAGUUCUGCUGAUGCUCAGAGGAGCCUCUGAUGAGGUGCGGCUCACCAUUUGCAGACCCCCACCAGGCACCCUGCCCGACAUAGACACAUGCUCUCUGAGUGCGGGCCUCUCACCCCUGAGGGGGACCCGCUCCAUGUCCCUGGACCUGCGCAUGAGAGACCUGUCCAUGGACUUCCACCGGCUGCUGCAGCUCAAGGCGGAGGAGCAGCGCAAGGAGAAGGACGAGCUCCUGGAGCGCCUGAAGAGGCUGGAGGAGAGGGAGCAGAGAGAAGAGAGAGAGAGGGAGGAGAGGGAGCAGAGAGAAGAGAGAGAAAGGUUGCGGCCAUGGGACAACACUGGCACGCCCAUAAGAGGGUUGCGGCCAUGUGACACCAGUGACACGCCCACAAGAGGGUUGCGGCCAUGUGACACCAGUGACCCGCCCACAAGAGGGUUGCGGCCAUGUGACACCAGUGACACACCCAUAAGAGGGUUGGGGCCAUGUGACAUCAGUGACACACCCAUAAGAGGGUUGGGGCCAUGUGACACCAGUGACACGCCCACAAGAGGGUUGCGGCCAUGUGACACCAGUGACACACCCAUAAGAGGGUUGGGGCCAUGUGACAUCAGUGACACACCCAUAAGAGGGUUGGGGCCAUGUGACACCAGUGACACACCCAUAAGAGGGUUGGGGCCAUGUGACAUCAGUGACACACCCAUAAGAGGGUUGGGGCCAUGUGACACCAGUGACACGCCCAUAAGAGGGGUGGGGUCAUGUGACACACCCAUUAGCAAGGGGCCGUCCAUUGGCUCGCCUGCAAGGGAGGCGGGGUCCAGUGACAGGCCCAUGCGUGUAGUGACACCUAAAGGCACGCCCAUGCGACAGGUGGAGCCUAUGAAUGAGUCUACAGCGGAACCUGCAGCUGCUUCUGUAACUAUGGCAACAGACUCCGCCAUGUCACAGGAGCCCACGGUCAGAAGCUCCAUCCAGAGUCAGGAGGAAAGCACGAUGUUUCCCAGGUAA